AUGGCAAAUGCUCCUGCUGCCACGACACCAUCCUCCGGGGCACUGCGCAGUCUCGAAUCGCACGUCACCCGGUUAUGCCGCCCCGGCUCCGCCGACUCCCCCGGCUCCUCGCCACAGAUCCCCGGCGCAGUCUUCCUCGCCUCCACGCCCACCCAGCCCUGCGCUUACAGCGCCACGUCUCCCAGCUUCGCAGCAGGCACCACCUCCCUCCACACCCCGCUCUCCCACCCCCUCUCACCAUCCUCCACAUUCUGGACCGCGUCGUGCUCUAAGCUCCUUACCAGCCUCGCGGCCGUGCAUGUCGUCGAGAUCCGCCGGUUGUGGGACUGGGAUCGCCCCGUCGUGGAGGUUCUGCCGGAGCUGAAGGCCAUCCGGGUUUUGGAGGGGUGGGAUGAGAAGCGGGGACCGAUUUGGCGCGGCGAGAGCGGGAAUGGGGAAGGAAAAGGAGUGGAACAAGUAACGCUGCGCCACCUCCUGACGCACACGUCAGGCAUGGCGUAUGAUUUCCUGUCGGCGGAUAUACUGAAGUGGUGGAAGUGGCGAGGCAGAAAACGCGAGGAUUUUUCGGGGAGGUUGUUGGAGAUGUACGGGGAGGCGCCGAUGCUGACGGGGGCGGGGGAGGCGUGGAUGUAUUCGCCCGGCAUCGAUUUGGCCGGGUUGUUGGUGGCCAGGGUGGCGGGGGUGGAGAGGUUGGGGGUGUAUGUGUGGGAGGAGGUGUUGAAGAAGGUUGGAGUCAAAGAGGGGGACGUGGUGUUUCGGAAGGGGGAUUUGAAGUGGGGGGAGGAGGAGGUGAGGGAGAGGUGGGUGUAUUUGAGUGUGCGGACUCAGGAAGGCCUCGUCCAUCUCCCCACCGCUCCCGCCGACACCGCGCGCGACGACCUCGGUGGCGGCGGCGUCCGAUGCCCGCCCCGUGCCUACAUCAAAGUGCUGGAGUCGCUGUUGCGCAACGACGGCCGCAUCCUCCCGCCCAAAAUCGUGGAUGAGCUGGUCUUCAGCCCGCAACUCGUCGACGGGCCAGGCAAAUUAGGCGCGCAUCUCGGACGAUCUCUGAUGAAGGUUUUUGGUGAGCUGGAAGGCUCGAGGAUGCUGACGGGGGGUCUGCCCGUGCCGGUCAAGGAUGAGGCGGGUCAGUAUGGAGGCGAGUAUGAGUUUAAUCAUAGCUUGGUGGCGGCGUUGAGUCGGAGGAAGGGGUCCAAGGAGUGGACGCUGUAUUGGGGUGGCCUGCCGAACUUGUUUUGGUGGGUGGAUCGGAAGGAGGAGGUGGCGGGGAUUCAGGCCAUGCAGUUGUUGCCGCCGGCGGAUGAGGUUUGUUUGGAUUUGGCGGUCGAGUUUCGGGAGGCGGCCAUUGAGGCGUUGGGGAAGGGGGCGGCGAGGGGGAAGGAGCAGGCGAGGAUCUAG